UCAAUCAAUUGGUGUCCAUACAAGUAUCUAGUUGAGAUAUUAUAUCACGAAGAGGUCAUUCAGAUUGUCAGAAUUAAGGAAAGAUUGCUAUAAGGAUUUCAAAUUUUGUUGUUUUCAUUUUUUUUGCUCAAGUUUCAACAUUGUUUCACCAUCAUGAAUAGUCCUCGUCAUGAAGAUGAUUCCUUAUUUAUACCCAAAAAAAGAAUAUUGGGAGCUUCCCAGAUAAACAAUCGAAUAAAGAAAUUAAAGCCUUCUGAAUCAUUAGAAUUCGAUAUGGUAAGAAUACCUAGUGGUAAUGAAUCCAUGUCUCAUCCUCCAAGUAGAAUACCAUCUCUAAAUGGUUCUAACAACGAUGAUCAAAAUAUUCAACUAGACCAUAGGUUAAGCAAUAUUCCAAAACCUAAGCUUCCUAUAAAAGCAAUCACCAGUGAAGUUAGAUCAUCACCAUCAUACAACUUAGGUUCCAUACAGACUCUUCUAAAUAAAAGAGGACCAGUUUUAAAACCAACAUCAUAUCAUAGUAAUAAAUCUAAUAAUCAUACCAAUCUUAUCCUUAAUCCAAUUUUCAACAUUGAAUAUUAUAAUGAUCAAGAACAUCAGUUAGAACAACAACUUAAUUCGAAGCUUGAAGAAUUUAGAAGAAUAGAUAAUGAAGUUAGUGAAUUAAGACGAGAAAAUCAUAAAUUUAAAAAGAGAUUUGAAGAAUUGACUACUAAAUUAAUGGAAAAGAGUAGGCGGUUGAUCAAUUUGGAAGAGAGUAUUACAUCCAAUGUUUCUAAUCAAGAGAAAUUGGUCAAUAUUGAUAUUCAAGGAUUUCAAAGUAAAUUAAACAAUGAAUUGAAUGAAAUUGAGUUUAGUUUAAAGAAUGAAUUGAAACAAAGUUAUUUAUUUAAAGAUGAAGAGAUUGAACAGAAAAUUCUUGAGUUAGAAGAGCAAGUAGAAGAAGGAGAGAAAGAAUUGGGCGAUUUGAAAUCAUCCAAGUUGAAUUUAAUUACUCAAGAGUCUGAGCAAUUAGAAAAUGAAUUAUCUUUAACUCUUACAACAAAGCAAACAGAAUUGGAUGAAUUAUUAAAAAAAGUCACAUCGAUCAAUGAAGAAGUAGCUGUCUUAGAUGAACAACUAUCAAAUAUCAAACAACGUAUAAUAUUAAGUAAUGAUGAGAAUAUCAAACUUGAACAAAACAUAGUGAAGAUAGAAUCAAAUAUGAAUAAUUUCAAUGAUACAAAACGAGAACUAUUAAGACAGAUCAGUACAUUAGAUCAAGAACUUUCAGAAAUCAAACAACAAGAUGCAACUUGGGAAUCUACUUUAAAGAAUUCCUCUAAAGAAUUUGAAAUGUAUAAUCAAAAAUUUAUUAAAUUUGAAAACCAAAGAAGAAUCAUGGAAAAUUCAAUCAUGAAUUAUGAGAAUAAACUCAGAGUGUAUAUCAAGACAUCCAUACCGGCUCAAUCUGAUAACAGUUUAAGCUUUAAUAACAAACAAUACCAAUUCAAUAAGUUAUUUACCGCAAAUGAAUCUACUAAAAGCAUAAUGGAUGAAUGUGCUUUAUUCAUACAAUCCAGCUUAAAACCAUCCACCAUCAAUCUCUGCACAAUAUUAAGUGGGAAUAACGAUGAACAAUUUGUAUCUGCAGCUAUUUCACAUUCAUAUCAAAAUUUAUUAAGCACAUUCAAAAUGCAACCACCAUCUUCUCACGUCAGUUUCAGUUUUAAAAGCAUAGGGAUUAAACAUCAUCAGAUAUUUGAUUUACUAAACUCUGAUGUUGAACUCAGCCAAGAAGAUAUUGAUACUUCCUCAUGGGGAUUCCCCUUAGUUCCUUCUCAACCAAUGAUACUCGAUCCUAACGAUGAAGAUUCCAAGAGACAAUUUGAUCAAAUCAUGAAUCUGAUAAUCCAUACUGCAGAAGAAAUGAUUCAAGUUCAUGUCAUAACUAUCAAUACCAAUCAUGCGAAUUUAAUAAUCGAGAAUAAUUUAAUCUUUGUUGAUAUAACGAAAUUAAAUGAUGAUGAACAAUUCAAACUGAUGAAUAAAUUCACAAUACUGAAUUUCACUAGUAAUUUCCAUGAUAAAGUGUUUCAAUAUGUUCGUAAUCAAUGUACUAGUCUAUGCAUCUCCAAUCUAGUUGAGAAUGAUGAUGAACAAUUAUCGCAAUGGUUGAAUACUUUACAAACUUUGAAUAAACUUGAUCAACCUAAGAAAUAGAAAUUUAAAAUUUAUGUCAUCAUUUAUAUUUGUACGGGGAUGGGGUAUAUGUAAUAUAUAUAUAAAAUUAUGUAAGAUAAUACAGCAUUAAAAUAAUAAAUAGAGAGACCUAUUUAUGAUCAGUAAA